UUACGUAAUUUAUGGACGGCCCCUUGUGGACACGUAUUUAAAGACAAUGUCUCUUCUCCAGGCUUAUCAUUCGUGUUUCUCAACUGGAAGUCAAAACUACACCGGAAAAAUGAAGGUUAUCCAGAUGUCCAGCGUUCUGAAGACCUUGAGGGGCCUGGCGGCCCUUCAGGGUCCCACGCCAGCCAAGACUCGCCAGGAGAUUUUGAACAGGCUAAAAAUUAAGGAGGCGGAGCUGAAAGCGGAGGGGAAAGAGCUCCCCCAAUGGGUCAAGGCUUAUCGGGACGGCGACUUCGUCCGGGCCGGGACCCUGCUUCAUUUGAAGUGUGCGAAAAAGGCAAAGGAGACUGUGGAGGAUCAACCAAAGGAGGAAAACAUGAAUUCGUCCCCCUCCUCCUCCGGCUGCUGCUGCUGCUAAAUAUUUAAAUUGAAGGGACAAACAAUUUGUUGCAAGAAAAUUGUAAUAAAGAUAUCAAAUUCAUUAAACU